AUGUCAAGGCCAAUAACUGCUGUGGCUGCUGAACGUCUUUGGUCUAUGGAUCCAGGCGAUAUUAAGGACUUUUCACGGAGAAUGAAAGAGUUUCACUGUCGAAUGUUACUGACCAGUUCAAAGACUGUAAUUCCCAAAGUGAAACAAUAUGUUACGCAAUAUCAUACAUGUAGAAUAAGCAAAUCCUUGGACAUUAAGCAUGACUACACUUCAUGUUAUAUUCUGGAGGAUGCAUUGAAACGUUUUGUAUUACGAUUAGAAAGAACACAAGAAGAGAGUUUCUCAUUAUUGCCAGAUUCUUGCAAAGUGACCACUAUUCAAAUUGAUAUAUCUGGAGGAUGUAAUGAAGAAAGUGUAAAAUUAUGGCCAUCUGAUUCAAUGAAGGAAUCAUAUAUGGUGAAUAUCUCCGAAGGCAUUAUACACAUUCAAUCAGAUGAAAUAUGGGGAACAUUACACGCUUUGGAAACCGUGUUACAACUGGUGUCAAGGAGUGCAAACUAUCAGAAUGCGAUAUAUGAGUGUAGCAUUGAAGAUUCCCCUCGAUUUCCACACAGAGGAAUGAUGAUCGAUACAGCCAGACAUUAUCUAAGCACUGAAACAAUCAAGAAUGUCAUUGCUGCAUUAUCAAUGGUGAAAAUGAAUGUAUUACACUGGCAUAUGACAGAUGAUGAAUCCUUCCCGUAUGUUUCUUCAGUGUAUCCUGAAUUGUCUUCAAAGGGAGCGUAUCAUGCACAUUCGUAUGUGUAUGAAAGGGAUGAAAUUGAUUCACUGGUAGAAUUCGCUCGAUUACAUGGUGUUCGGGUGAUUGUUGAAUUCGACUCACCAGAUGAGGAGUAUUUCGACUGUAGUGUGAUAACUUCCUAUUAUUCACCUUGUCACACUGGAUCAUGGGGCAAAAGUCAUCCUGAAAUACUCUCUGAUGUGUCAUAUGAUCAAGGAUUAAUCAAUCCAGUCGAUGAGAAUGUCUGGCCAUUUUUAUCAAAUUUGUUUGGGGAAGUAUUGAAAGUAUUUCCAGACAACGUUUUACAUUUAGGUGGAAGUAAUUAUGACAGGCAUCCAUGGCAAGAAGACGCCAACAUCCAAGAAUUCAUGAAACAGAAAGGAUUCGAUCAAGACUACAAUAAAUUAGAAAAUUAUUAUUUUGAACACCUCACAGAAGUUAUUCAGAAUAUUACUUCAGGUUCGCAUAGCGUAACACCUGUGGUAUGGCAGAAUGUAUUUGAGAAUGGAUUCCGAGAUAAUGAUAAAAACAUCAUCAUACAAGUACACAAUAAUUCCUACUGGGAGGAUGUCAUUGACUUAGUCACAUCGUCUGGAUACAGAGUGAUCAAUUCAGCGUGUUGGUCAAAAGUUGUUGGGAACUUUGGAGAUGCAUGGAAGACGUUGUACGAUUGUGAUCCUGCUGUAUUUGGAGGUAGUGAAGAAGAAGUUCAGUUAGUUAUUGGCGGUGAAGUCAUCAUCUGGGGAACUUAUGUGGAUGACACAAAUCUCUUUCUACGAUCAUGGCCGAUAACUGCUGUAGCUGCUGAACGUCUUUGGUUGAUCGAUGCAGGCGAUUUUCAUGAUUUUUCAAAGAGAUUGAAGAAGCUCCAUUGUCAAAUGAUACUAUUGAACUGGAAUGUGAAACCGUUCACAGGACCUGGAUUCUGUCGAAAAUGA